CUAAGGGAAUUCACGUCGUCUGCUCAAUAUUCUCCAAAAGAAUCAAUUAUCAAGUAAAAAUCUCUAUCUGAAAGGGAAAAUUCUCAAGUCCACCGGAAUCAUGUGGUUCCACGUUGUGGUAGUGCUGGUGGUACUAAUCUUCGUCUACAGAUGGAACAGACAGAAAGAAAGACUGACAAAUCUCACUGAUAAAUAUGUACUAAUCACAGGCUGUGACUCAGGGUUUGGAAACCUGUUGGCAAAGCAGUUGCACAGGCGUGGGGUACAGGUGCUGGCAGCCUGUCUCACUCAGAAUGGAGCUGAAGAACUAAAAAAGGAGACUUCAAGCAGACUACGAACAGUUAUACUGGAUGUUACUGACAGCCAAAGUGUAAGCGCUACAGCUAAAUGGGUGUCUCAUAUUGUCCAGGAUCAAGGGCUGUGGGGUUUAGUGAACAAUGCAGGGAUUUUAAUCCCCGUGACCCCCAACGAGUGGUUAAAAAAAGAGGACUUUCGCACAAUAAUUGAUGUCAAUCUUCUGGGUAUGGUGGAUGUGACGUUAAACCUGCUUCCCCUUAUCAGAAAAGCGAAAGGACGUAUUGUCAAUGUGUCAAGUAUAGCAGGACGAGUGGCAAUAUGUGGAGGUGGUUACUGUAUCUCCAAAUUUGGAGUGGAAGCUUUCUCAGACACACUCAGACGUGAACUCAGACCCUUUGGUGUGACAGUUUCUAUCAUUGCACCAGAUUUCUUUAAAACGUUAAUUCUAGAAUCUGGAAGACUUCUGGAAAGCAUCAGAAAUAUUUGGAGCAAAGUCCCACAAAAUAUCAAAAACCACUAUGGGGACCAGUAUUUUCAUAAGUAUUGUAAAUAUAUAGAAAAAAUGUGUUCCCUAAGCACAUCCAAACUCACAUUAGUCACUGACUGCAUGGAGCAUGCCCUGUUUGCAGUUCACCCAUGGACACGCUACUCAGCUGGAUGGUAUGCCAAACUCUACUACAUGCCUUUGUCUUACCUUCCAACUUGUGUUGCUGACUUUGUGCUGCGCCAUUUCUGAUAAUAAAGAAAGCAUCUUCAAAGUACUUCAUGGGCAACUUUACCCCCCCCCCCAGCCGGAUUAAUUUCAAUCAUCAUAAAUGGCCACAGGCUCCACUUAUGUUGAAACUGUCUAAAGAAGAAGAUACCCAUUUCUUGUGUUACAUCACCAGUCUGGCAGAAACCUAAACGUGCAUAUUACUUCCACUCAAAAACUUUGAAAACCAUUCUAUGCAGAAAUUUGCCAGGGGCAUUAUCGACUUUCUUAGGUUUGCAGGUUAAAUUUUCUUGCUUUACUUUUUUUUGCUCCACAGGCUGAGUGAGUCAGCACAAGUGCCAUCUAUUCAUGCUACUAUAAAGGUCAUGUAUACUGACCUAUAAGAUCUUAAAGGUGCAGUAUACCCCCUUUUCCAAUAUGCGUUAAAUGAAUGGACUGACCGGAUAUAUAUAUGGGUUUGUUGCCUGGAAAAUAGGCAAUCUGAAACUGAAAGUAAAGGCUUAUUCAUUGUUUGUAAAAGCAAAAAAUUAGACCUGUUGCUUUUUUCAUUAUCCGUUAUCUCCACAAUGUAAUGUGUUUGAAAUAAGCCAUUCAAUAUUUAGCUAAUUAGCAAUGAUUUUUAUUCAAAAACUGUGAUUUUUGACAAAUGUAUCUCUAUCUCAAAUGGAAAAUGGAUGCAGUGUAAGUCAUUUACUAUUACAAAUGCAUGUAAUUUUUGUUCCAUAAUUGCCAGUUUGUUUUUUGUUUGCAAUAAAUUUUUACUACCUUA